GCUGUUGAUCCAGGCUGGGUUUAAUUUGAACGUCCAGGACAAUGACGGCUGGACUCCGCUGCAUGCUGCUGCGCACUGGGGAGUGAAGGAAGCUUGCUCCAUCCUGGCUGAGGCACUGUGUGAUAUGGACAUCAGGAACAAGCUGGGCCAGACGCCAUUCGACGUGGCUGAUGAGGGACUGGUUGAGCAUUUAGAGAUGCUGCAGAAGAAACAGACUGUGUUGCGAAGUGAGAAGGAGACGAGGAAUAAGCUAAUUGAAGCCGACAUGAAUGGCAAGCCUCAAGGUGGACUCUUCACCAACAAAGAGAAGAUUCUUUAUGAGGAAGACACGCUGAAGUCCUUGGAAAACGAGGAAGAGAACAAGGACUCUAGCAGUUCUAGUUCUGAAGAGGAGGAAGAAGCUGAAGAAGAUGAAGCUUCAGAAUCAGAUGCUGAAAAGGAGUCAGAAAGGAAGGAAGAGCCCUUUGCCAACCACUCCAGCCAUGAAACCAGGCCUAGCAUCACUGAGCAAAUACCACCACCCGAGCCCAACUCCUUCACUGCAUCUGCCAGAAGAUUCAGUUGGCUCAGCAAGUCAGACGAGCAGAAGGAUGAGUCACCUUCGUCGUGGCGGCUGGGGCUACGGAAGACUGGCAGUCACAACAUGUUGAGUGAAGUCGCUGCUACUCGUGAGGCACAGAGAGAUAAGACUUCUUCUAUCUAUCGUUCUUCGUCAAGUCCUCGGAUAUCUGCAUUAUUGGACAACAAAGAGAAGGAUAAAGAUAACAAGAGCUAUCUUGCUACAAUAGCCCCCAGAAGACUCAGCAGUACGAGCGAUAUAGAAGAAAAAGAAAACAGGGAAUCAGCUGUUAACCUCGUCCGGAGCGGCUCUUACACCCGGCCGUGGAGGGAUGAAUCCAAGGGAAACGAAGCUCCCCACUCUGGUGCACCUACUACCUACGUAUCUACCUACUUGAAAAGUGCUUCAUUUGGUAGAAGUAGUGACCUCAGCAGUCCCUACAUUUCAGCCAGUCGCAAUACAUCUCUAGCUACCUCACCCACUACCAUUGGGUCAUCUACCUCAUUGGGCACCCCGUGGCAACCUGUCUCUUCCUGUCCCACAUCUCUCGGUGCGAACGCUACUGCAUCAGCCCGCCAGUAUACCAGAGCCCCUUUCAGGCAACAAACUGAUUCUGCUGUAGAGAAAAAUACAGAGGGCAUCUCUGCUAGCACCCCCCUAGGUGUAAUCACAAAUCGUGCUGUACUCGGCUCUGCUAAUGGUAUUGCGAAUGCCAGUGCUGCCUCAACUACAGGAAAGGACUUCUCAGCUGAGGAAGCCAGGGAGCGCAGAAGGUCAUAUCUGACUCCGGUGCGGGAUGAGGAAGCAGAAUCACUGAGGAAGGCACGAUCCAGGCAGGCCCGGCAGACUCGCAGGUCUACACAGGGUGUGACACUGACAGAUCUUCAGGAGGCUGAGCGAACCUUCAGCCGGUCUCGGGCAGAGCGACAAGCUCAGGAACAGCAAAGCGAGAAAGCAGAGAGCGCUGAGCCUGCUGAGGACAGCAGUGAGAGGCAGGAGACCCGGUCACGGUGGAGCAGAAAUACAGAUGAGGAGACUGUCUAUCGGCGAUUAAGGUGCCCAGUGCAACCAGACAAACCUACAACGCCUGUAUCUCCUUCGACGUCAGCACCUCUCCUUUACACAAGUUCAUACCUGACUCGAACGAAUAAGUAUUUAGGUCUUGACUCUGUGAAUCCAGCAGACUUCAGAAGCGCAGCCACAGAGAUGGAGAAAAAUGAGUGUGAAGAUCAGGAUUUAGAUGACAGAUCUCCGAACAAACAGUCAAUCCGAGAGAGGCGGCGGCCAAAAGAGAGGCGAAGAGGCACCGGCAUCAUUUUCUCAACAAAAGAUGAUGAUGAUGAAGUUGAUGGAAAUGAGGAGGUGAAGGAGACUCGG